CAUUAAAUAAAAGAAGAAGUUCUUUCAGAUUUUAUGAACAAAUGAAGUUUUUGACAGAUGUCUUAGGAAAAUCUGAAACAUGUACUAAUCUUGCAUCAAAUAUUCAAAAUAUAAGUGAAGAUGAAAAGAUUGAAAAUAAAACCAUUGAGUCUCCUAUAUUGGAGUCUCAACCAUCAUGCAGUAAUGUUUCGAACACACCGCUGUCAAGUCCUGUAGAAAGUGGCUAUUUCGAGUCAAGUAAAAAAAGAAAGAUUGACAAACAGAGUAGGGAUGAAGAUUUACACGAAGCCGUUAUCGCAGCAUUACAAGACACUAAGAAACCUGAUGGACUUGAUGGAUUUUUACUAUUACUAAGCGAAGGAUUAAGAAAAUUGCCAUAUAGAGAACGAACGAAAUUACAAUUGAAAUUUUUUCACAUGAUUAUGGAGGAGUAA